UCUGUGUACAUAUCUACUCGUUCAUUGAAACGUAUAUUGCUUGUUAAAUUAGCUAAUGUGGUAAAUUGAUAUUGCAUUAGGCUAAUCGCACGGAACAUGAGCUCACUAAUCUCGACGGAGAAAGAAGCUCUGGUGAAAGGAGAGGAAGAAGCUUUCAGGAUGAAAAGGGAGGAAGAGGAGUCUAUCACAUUGAAAGAAGAGGAUGAUAUUACAGUGAAAGAGGAAUAUGGGAACGAGGUUGUGGAAGAGGACGAGGUAGAAGCUUUCAGAAUCAAAAAGGAGGAAGAUGCCGUAAUUUUGAAAGAAGAGGAAGAACAUUUUGGAGUAAAAGAGGAAGAGGAGGCUAUCUCAAUUAAAGUGGAGAAGGAAGACGUUUUGGGAGUGAAAAAGGAUGAGGCUGAAGAUUCGAGAGAGAGACAUGGCUAUCGUGGAUCCUCUGGGGAGCCUCAACAACCUCAUGAUGCUGAAGAGGCAGAGAAGAGUCUCUCCAGAUCUGAACACCAGAUGGACAACGCUAGCCCUUCCUCCCUCCCGGAGUCCCCGUGUCGUGCCUCUCCCGGUAGCACCUUACUGCUGGGUAUGAAGAGGUUGUCUGUGCUGCUGGUGGACUGCAGGAAAACAACGGGGCUGAGUGGAACUGUGAGAGGAGGAGAAGAGAAGAAAGGAUCAGAUUUGACACAUCAAAGAGACAGACCAGGCUCAGAGGAACCAGAGCCAGGGACGUCCAAACCAGCAAGACGACACCACUGUUCCCACUGUGGAAAGGGUUGUAACCUCUUAUUGGAGCUGAAACAACAUGAGAGAAUACACACAGGGGAGAAGCCUUACCACUGCUUCCAGUGUGGAAAGAGUUUUAACCUGUUAGGGUCUCUGAAACGACAUGAGAGAACACACACAGGGGAGAAGCCUUACCACUGCUCGCAGUGUGGAAAGCGUUUUAACCAGAAAGUACACAUGAAAAACCUUCUCCCUGUGCGACUGUUAGACGGGGAUUCUCAGAACCUUCUCCCUGUGCGACUGUUAGACGGGGAUUCUCAGAACCUUCUCCCUGUGCGACUGUUAGACGGGGAUUCUCAGAACCUUCUCCCUGUGCGACUGUUAGACGGGGAUUCUCAGAACCUUCGCCCUGUGCGACUGUUAGACGGGGAUUCUCAGAACCUUCGCCCUGUGCGACUGUUAGACGGGGAUUCUCAGAACCUUCGCCCUGUGCGACUGUUAGACGGGGAUUCUCAGAACCUUCGCCCUGUGCGACUGUUAGUAGGGGAUUCUCAGAACCUUCUCCCUGUGCGACUGUUAGACGGGGAUUCUCAGAACCUUCGCCCUGUGCGACUGUUAGUAGGGGAUUCUCAGAACCUUCGCCCUGUGCGACUGUUAGACGGGGAUUCUCAGAACCUUUUCCCUGUGCGACUGUUAGACGGGGAUUCUCAGAACCUUCGCCCUGUCCGACUGUUAGACAGGGAUUCUCAGAACCUUCGCCCUGUUCGUUACGUAGCCCUUCACCAUCACACGGCGUAA